AUGCCUGACAACUUUGCACUUGCUGUGCCCCAUCAUUGUAAGGCUAUCCCGAAAUUUCCGACAGUAAGCAAGGAAAUCGAGGAUGAAAGCCAAAUCGAGGGUCUCAAAGGCGAGGAAGAGCAGAAGGCACCUGAAGGUGAUCAUGAGGACGGCGACGCUAUUGAGAUGGAUAACGACUUCGGCGGCAAGUUGGAGGAUGUACCUGAUCCUGCUUCAGACAAAGAAGACGAUCGCGACGACAAGGACGACGGAAGCGAGCAUGAUAUCGAUGAAACUUUAGGUGAUCUAAAUGAUUUAGAUACUGAUGCUGUCGACGAGAAAAUGUGGGGUGACGAAAAAGGCCCUGAAGGUACCGGCGACAAAGAUGAGAAGACAGAUAAAGAUCAUUCGAAAGAGCAGGCAGGUCCCUCCGAGGUUGUUGCUAAAGAGGGCAAAGAACAGAAGAAGUCCCAGGACCAGGAGAGCGAUCAUCAGCCAGAACCGGAACCGCAAGCGCCGUUGGAAGACCAUGAAGAACAUCUUGAAGAUGCAGGGAACGACGAACCCUCAGAUCCCGAUGUGAACGGUGGAAAAAUGGAUGACUAUGUACAGGAUGCCGAGACACUUGAAUUACCUGACGACAUGGAUUUGGGGUUAGAUGGGGGUGAAAAAGAAGGCGAGGACGAUUUAACUAAAGAUGACGAUCCUAUGGAUGGUGACGAUGAAGGACUGCCUGAUGAUAAUGUGACUGAGGGGCUUGAGGAUUUUUCCAUGGAUGACAAAACAACGAAUACACCUUCAGCCGAUGUUUCAAAAGAAGAUGAUUCAGAACGGAACGAUGAUAAUGACAUGUUCUCGGAGGCACCCCAAGGUGUGGAUGAUGAUGAGGCCAACCGGGAAGAGGGAGAAGAUGAGGAAGCGGAUGAAAAAGUAGAGGCCGUCGCUCGACCCGACAUCUCUCAUGACGGCGGAAUGGCAGACCCAGGCGACAUCGCUAAUCCUGAGGCUGGGGAAAACUCAUCUACUGGGGAAACAGGGACAUCUCAAGGUGGUUUGGGUCAAGCUGCUUCAAAGAACGAAGAAAAGUCCGCUAAUGUUGACGGAUCCUUGGAAGCCACGCAACUUUCGGAAAGCGUGCCUGAAGAUAAUGGCGGCACGGGAUCUGCGUCGUCUGGUGUUCAACAAGGCCAAAAGGAAUCGCAGAACAAAUCAAGACCCAUUCCAAAUCCUUUACGCAGUCUGGGAGACGCCCUCAAGGAGAUCCAACAACGAUUUGAUGAAAUUCUCAAUUCUGAAUCAAUGGAUGCUCCCCGAGAUAAAAUGGGCGAAUCAAACGCCAAGUCUCAGGUUGAAUACCUCCUUCCUGAAGAUAUUGAUGACGAGAUGCAGGCGUUGGGUCCGGCUGGGGAAGAACAAGUUGCGAAGUUGGAUCAGCUCACUAUCGUGGACGACAACAUGGAAGUUGAGGAACCGCCUUUUUCUAUGGAUGUGGAGCCACCGUUGGUGCCUGAGGUACAUGAUCAGAGUAUUCAUCAGUCACCUAUUGAGGAACAAGAGCCGACUGCUACUGGACGGGAGCACGGAAAGGACGUAGAAGGUGCCAUCUUAAAAAUAGGUGCAACUCAAGCCGAAGUGUCUGCUGUUCACGACCCAUCUUUGCCAAAGGUGGACGAUAUUCAUGAUGAAGACGAGCUUAUUGAAACCCAACUUCGUCAAUGGAGAGCUGCUGACUACCCUGAAGAUGGAGCGGAGAAGAUUUGGCGUCUAUAUGAAUCUCUUACUCAUGAUCUUGCUUACACUUUGUGCGAACAACUUCGCCUCAUCCUUGAACCAACCUUGGCCACCCGACUGAAGGGCGAUUAUCGGACCGGAAAACGGCUCAAUAUGAAGAAAGUCAUUUCUUACAUCGCCAGUGACUACACCAAGGACAAAAUCUGGUUACGUCGCACGAAGCCAAGUCAGCGAGAAUAUCAAGUGCUCAUAUCCAUUGAUGAUUCUCGUUCAAUGGCAGAAUCCCAUUCAGUUCAUCUCGCCUAUCAAACGUUAGCUUUGAUUUCCAAAGCCCUGAGCCGUCUAGAAUCUGGAGACGUGGCAAUUGCAAAGUUUGGCGAAACUGUUGAUCUGCUCCAUGGUUUUGACGAAGGCCCUUUCUCAGAUCAAGCAGGGACAAAAGUUAUCAACGCCUUCCGGUUCACACAGAAGGCCACCAAUGUUUUGUCUCUGCUGCAAUUAACUUUGAAAGUCCUUGAAAGUGCAAGAGAACGAAAAGCAAUGAGUUCCGCUUCAGCCGCUGACUUGUGGCAACUUCAAAUUAUUAUCUCCGAUGGAAUGUGUCAAGAUCACGAAAAACUACGCACUAUGUUGCGGAAGGCUGAAGAACAACGGGUUAUGAUCGUUUUCAUCAUCCUAGACUCACUUCAAGGGACAAAAACUGAGCCGGGUUCUUCAAAAGGUGCAACUCAUGGGUCGAUUCUGUCCAUGGACAAAGCAGAGUUCAAAAUGGUCGAAGGAAGAAUGGAGCUCCAACUGCAAAAAUACUUGGAUUCAUUCCCCUUCGAGUACUACGUCGUUCUUCGGGAGGUGGAAGCUUUGCCUGACGUUCUAGCCGGAACAUUAAAACAAUUCUUCGAGCGCAUCUCUGAGGAAUAG